CUUGUUUCGAGUUUUUAACUUUGCUGAGGGACAUCCAUCCCUACCUGAUCAUUGCCUUCCUCCACAUCACACUACAGAUCCCACAGCUUUUUGCAAUCAAUCUCAACUAUACUAUACAGCUUCCAAAACAGGCAAAUCAGCAAUCUGCCGACUACAUCUUCGGGUUGACAUAUGUCUACGCUAGAUUCAGAUUCUUCAGAUCUUUCUGAAUUAGAGGAAUCGAUCGCCAGCGACGAUGCCGGCGAGGCUUCGCCAACUGCAGAGCCAUCUGACGAUGAGAUAGUUUCUGAUGCAGAAGGCAAGUGUUGAUAACUUCCAUGAGUAUCGAAUAUUCGGGCGCAAACCACGGCGAAGACCUGUCGAGUGAAACAUCACAAUAUACAUAUGCUAAUAACAGCGGUAUUAUAGACGAGCCAGACGAAGCAGACGACGACGAUGAUGACGAUGAUGCGGAAUAUGCUACGCCUCCAGCACCACGUACAAGCUCUCAAGCAAAGCGGACGAGAAACGGGUCAUCGAGCAGAAAGCGAAGUAAACUAAACUCUGCUGUACAGUCUGAUCCGGAGAGCGAGACAAUCGAAGCUACGAGGGACGACGACGAGCUGGAAGAUGAUCUGGACGAUGAUGACGAUGAUGAGCCAGCCGAGUAUUCUACAGAUAUGUCUAGACUGACCGAACGGCAGAGGGCACGGCUCAUGGACGAUUCAACCGACUUGGAGGCUCUACCAAACGAAGGCACAAAGAAGAAGAUAUACACGGAAGAAGAACUCAUGCUUCGGCGUACAGAGACCGCUAGGAGGCGUAAAAAUCUGUCAGAGAAGCGUCGUGAGGAGGAGAAGAUGGACACAAUCAACCGUUUGCUUAAGAAACAAGCUCCCAAAAGGAAAGGAAAAGUCAAAAGUACAGUUGGGAGUCCUGGUACUCCGGCAGUGGAGGAUGGAGUUCAAUUCAAUCUGCCAAAAGCCAGCAGCCAUGCACCCUCCCCUGACAUGUACCGCUGGGUAUCAAACAUCAAUGGGAACCGGCUCGGUAUUCCCACUAAUAUGAAAUGAACUGGGAGAAUCUCUGAUCCAUCAUAGUGGAUGCUACCCACCUCCUGAUAGAAAGACCUAAGUGUUGCCUAUCUGGUAGCUCUCAUAUUACAUCAUGAUUCUGAUACAGCUGAUCGUUGCACAUCUGUUUUUAGAUUGAUGUUGGAACCUGCGCUGUUGUCAGGAUAAUCGGUAGAAAUUGAAUUUAACUGGCAUAGCAGAAGGAGCUUGAUAUUCAGGGCAUAGGCUGUCAAAUGUCAUUAGUAAAAGAAAACCCUUUUGAAGAUCUAACUGAGUAGUGAACACUGUCAAGAUUGAUCAUUACCAUCUGUCAAGGCUCUGAUGUAAAUGGUGAAUGCAAUUUUUUUAAUUUAAUUUUUUUUACAUUUUGUAUUCUGCUCUACUGGGGCUUGGAAUGGAAUAGUUUAUGCUGGGUUUUCAUUCUAUAAAUAUAGCUAGUUAUUUUCAAUCCUGAAUGAAGUGAAGAG